CACGGAUGGGCUAUUGCAGCAAAUUACCACACCGGGUUCCACUCCUAUCAGCUAAAAACAAGAAGAAGCAGCUCCAGCGGGCAUGCAAUCACCAGCACUGGACAAUUGAGGAGUGGAAAAACAUUGCCUGGUUCUAUGAAUCAUGGUUCCUGUUGCGUCAUGCUGAUGGCAGAGUCAGGAUUUGGCGUAAACAGCAUGAGUCCAUGGACCCAUCCUGCCUAGUGUCAACGGAACAGGCUAAUGGCAGUGGUGUACCGCCGGUGGUGUACCCCCUGUGGAACGUUUCCGACUUGUAGAAUCCAUUCCCCGAAGAAUUCAGGCUGAUCUGGAGGCAAAGGGGUCCGACCCGGUACUAGAUGGGUGUACCUAAUCAACUGGCAGGUGAGUGUAGGUAAGCUACAGUGUAACUGCAGUCUAGGUAGGUUUGCUUGUUCAACGUACAUGUUUGCGACAUGCAGAAUUUCAAGGAUUUAGCUGAGUUUACAAAUGUAAUGUUAAAAUGUAAACAUGUACUUACUCAAGUUGUAGCCUAAGUAGUCUACUGUCACAAUACUGUAUUAUCAUAUUAAUAUUUAUCUCUACGGUAAUUGCAUUGUGCCUGCCUACCAUUGCGGCAGGUUGCCUAGUUGGACCAGUAGCUGGAAGGUUGCUGGUUCAAGCCUCGGGCCAGGCGUAAAAUAAAAGUGGGAACUGAACUGGCAGGUACCAUCAACUGCAUUUGUGCAUCUGAGCAAGGCAUUUACACUUAAACUGCUUUCCAUCCAGGAGAGCUGCUCUGUGGCUGACACUGCACCUCUCAACGUGUGUGUGUUUGUAUAUACAGUAUAUGGGGGCAGGUUGAGAUAUACAGUAUACACAUUUCAGUUUCUUAUGAAAUGUACAAUAGUGUAUAUAUUCUAUUAUAGUCUAUCCUAAGGGACAAUGUAAAGUGGAACCCAAAAUUCAUGAUUGCCAAUUGCCCUCACUGAAGUGACAAUAGGUCGAGUGGCACUAAAGGAUAACGGGGCAUGAAUUACAUCUAUAUCCAAAAUAGAGAGGGUAUCCUUGUACCAUAAAAUGUAUUGAAGUUGUAACACGUUAUAUAAUUUUCACCAUCAAUACACUCCAAAAAGACCAGAAAACAAAUGCAGAUAUGGUGCAUGUAACGUGUUUCGACUAUGUCUUCUGAAGUGAACCAUUAUCAAUCGGAUUGAUUGUUUGAGUCGUACAGUAUACCCUGGUAUAGUCUGUGAUAUCUGUUGACACAGUGCUUCCCAUAGCCUACCAUUUGUUACCAUUGUAAGAUGUUCCCGUGCUGAUUGAUAGGUUAGAUUCUACAUUCAGUAGACUACUGAUGGAAUCCUUGUCUUAUAAAAAAAAAAAAAUGUUGGGCUAAUUAUUUAUUUUCAUGUACGAUAGAUCAUCACAUCUUGUACAGCAUAACCUGACAGAUGGAGUGAACAUCCGGUUACUUGGAGUGGCGUUCCUUGGCAUAGGGCUUUGGGCAUGGAGCGAGAAGGGUGUGCUCUCCAACAUCUCGUCCAUCACAGACCUGGGAGGCUUUGACCCCGUCUGGCUCUUCCUGGUGGUGGGAGGAGUUAUGUUCAUCCUUGGCUUUGCCGGCUGCAUCGGAGCACUGAGGGAGAACUCUUUCCUGCUCAAGUUU